UCAGGGAGUGGGCGAGAUACGUUUCUUAUCGCGCUGUCAGAACUGAAACCAAAAUAUAACGCGAAGGAAAAAAACAGAAAGUAAAAAUAUUCGAGAAGCAGCGCGAGAACCAAAGAACCGAUUCCGAGUCACUUUCUGGUAAAGAGGAACAAGCCGCCGAGUUACUAAAGGCUGAAGAAGAAGAAGAUGUGGGAAUUAAUGCAGGUGUCGUCCAUGUAGCAGCAUUAUUAGUCCAUAGGUGGGAUGGUGUGUGAGCGGUGUGUGUAGCGGCAGACGAAAGCAUGGCCCACUUCGAUACAGAGUACCAGCGUCUGGAGGCGUCCUACAGCGACUCUCCUCCUGGAGAGGAGAAUCUGUUGGUUCACGUACCAGAGGGCUCGAAAUCUCACUGGCAUCAUAUCGAAAACUUGGACCUCUUCUUUCAAAGAGUCUAUAAUCUUCAUCAGAAGAAUGGGUUCACAUGUAUGCUUCUGGGGGAAAUCUUUGAGCUCGUACAACUGGUCUUUGUGGUGACGUUCACUGUUUUUCUGGCCAACUGUGUGGACUACGACAUCCUGUUCGCCAACAAGUUCGUCAAUCAUACCGAAUCGUCCAAGGUGACUCUUCCCGACGCGUUUCUUCCUGUGGAUGUGUGUCAUGCUCGGAUCCGUGAUAACGUCUUGGUUAUUUUCAUCCUGGUGAUAUCUGGCGUGUUCUGGCUCCAUCGCCUGGUCAAAUUUAUAUACAACGUCUGCUGCUACUGGGAGAUCCGCUCGUUCUACAUCAAUGCUCUGAAAAUGUCCAUGGCGGACCUUCCUUAUUUCACCUGGCAAGAGGUGCAGGCGCGAAUCAUCGAGAUCCAAAAAGAGCAUCAGAUCUGCAUCCACAAACGGGAACUGACCGAGCUGGACAUCUACCACCGCAUCCUGCGCUUUAAGAACUACAUGGUGGCGAUGGUGAACAAGUCUCUGCUGCCCAUCCGUUUCCGUUUACCCCUGCUGGGAGAUUCUGUCUUCUACACGCGUGGCCUCAAGUACAACUUCGAGCUGAUCUUCUUCUGGGGUCCCGGCUCUCUCUUCGAAAACGAGUGGAGUCUGAAGUCCGAAUACAAGCGUGGAGGAAACCGGCUGGACUUGGCCGACCGCCUGAGCUCAAGGAUCUUGUGGAUCGGUAUCGCCAACCUGCUCCUGUGUCCCGUCAUUCUGAUCUGGCAGAUCCUGUACGCGUUCUUCAGCUACACAGAGGUCAUUAAACGCGAGCCUGGCAGCCUCGGCGCUCGCUGCUGGUCCCUGUAUGGCCGCUGCUACCUGCGCCACUUCAACGAGCUCGACCACGAGCUCAUGUCUCGCCUCAGCAAAGGCUACAAGGCGUCGUCCAAGUACAUGAACUGUUUCAUGUCUCCGCUGCUCACAGUGGUGGCCAAGAACGUCGCCUUCUUCGCCGGGUCCAUAUUAGCCGUACUCAUCGCUCUGACCAUAUACGACGAGGAUGUGCUGGCUGUAGAGCACGUCCUCAGCAGCAUCACACUCCUCGGGGUUUGCAUUACAAUCUGCAGGUCGUUUAUUCCUGAUAAGCACAUGGUGUUUUGUCCGGAGCAGCUGCUCAAAGUGAUCCUAGCACACAUCCACUACAUGCCAGACCACUGGCAAGGCAACGCCCACCGUUACGAGACCAGAGACGAGUUUGCACAACUUUUCCAGUAUAAAGCUGUGUUCAUCCUCGAGGAACUGCUCAGUCCCGUCAUCACGCCGUUCAUCCUCAUUUUAUGCCUCCGCCGCAAAUCUCUGGAGAUCAUCGAUUUCUUCCGGAAUUUUACCGUGGAGGUGGUGGGCGUGGGAGACACCUGCUCUUUCGCUCAGAUGGACGUCCGCCAUCAUGGACAUCCAGCUUGGAUGUCUGCGGGAAAGACGGAGGCCUCGAUCUACCAGCAGGCAGAGGACGGGAAGACCGAGCUGUCCCUCAUGCACUUCGCCAUCACUAAUCCUCAGUGGCAGCCUCCACGAGAGAGCACGCAUUUUAUCAGCCAGCUGAAGGAGAAAGUGCACCGCGAGGCCACUGGGGGGCAGCAGGGGAACGCCGCCGAGAACCUCACUUCUGCUCACUCACUGCAGUCCGAGUCUGAGCCUCGAAGCCUCAUCGCUAACCUCCUGGCCGGACCACCAUCCUUGGCCUCACUGCACCUGGGUCGAGACGGCUCCAUCAUCAAUCACUUGUCGAUGGGAGUGAGCGAGGGUGCGUCCGCCCUGCGCUCCCUCUCCCCCCUCAGCACCAGCCUGCACCUGAGGGCCAGCUAUCCAUCCACCAGGCCGCCCCGACUGGACCACCCUGCUGUGGCAGCAGGCAGAGCCAUGGCAGGAUCCGGGACCGAUGCUCGCACUGUCAGUUCCGGUAGCAGUGCUUGGGAAGGUCAGCUGACCAGCAUGGUCCUAUCAGAAUACGCCUCCACAGAGAUGAGUAUUCAUGCCCUCUACAUGCACGAGAUGCACAAACAGCAGUCCCGUGUCGAGAUCUCACGCCACACCUGGCACAGGCAGGAGAGCGAUGAGAGCAGCGAGAGCGUCCACGAUUACACGGAGCCCGGGCACAACGCCAUGCCCCGCUCCAACACUUUCCCCUGCAACACCACUGCCAACCAGCAGGGGGCCACAGUCCAGAGCAGCGUCAGUCAGUACGGGGGAACUACAGGCGCCCGGGUUCAGCGCACAGCCCGGAUGCCAAUGGGAGGCUGGGAGGAGGAGCCUGUAGUGGAGGAGGGCUCUGAAGAUGAGCUGCCACCACAUGUCCAUAAGGUGACAUAAUGAAGAAAUUCUCCGACCUUCAUCCUAACAGAUGGGAGGAAAAAGAAAACAUAUUUAUUCAUCCUCUGACAGCACUGAGGUGUUCGUCUCUAUAAAAUAUGAUGUGCAAAUGACUUCACCAUGAAAUCAGUGGAUUAAUAUCAUCAUCAUUAUCAUAAUCAUCAUCGUUAUUGUUCUUAGAUGAAUUACGACAUUCUGAAUCACUUGUGAUUAAUUACCAGGACCUGAGGUUUAGUGUAGAGUUUAUUUUUAUGUCUAUUGCAGUUAUGAAGAGAUUAUUUUAGGAAGGUGAAAAGGGGGAAAAGUAUGAAUUUUUGUUGUUAUUUAAAGGUCUUUAAAUUACACAAAUGGAGACACACAUUGAGGACUACGAUUAUUGCUUUUAAAACCUUAACUUUCCGUUCGAUGAUCCAGAGGAAAUCUUUACAGCCAGGUGGAGGUUUUAAAAAUGAUUCCUCAAAGCAUGACUCCAAAACAAAACAAAACCGUGGACACUGCGACCUGCAUGUUCUUUCUUCUCACUAAAGUUUGCACACAUGAGAAUGCACUUUAGCUUCUUGUCAAAUCCAAAGGAUGUCUUUUUAGCAUUUUUUUGUUGUUGUUUUCUCUCCAUACACGUGUUUUAUUUUGUGCCACAGUGUAUGUACAGUGUAUUAAGAACUCCAAGGAGGGUUUGUGGUUAGAGAGGGAACUGGUGCUCGAGUACAUCGUAAAAUAUCGUAGUGAUUUCCUUAGAAUGGACUCGCAGAAAAUCAUUGCCAUAGGAAAUGUUUGUUUUUUUUGUUUUUUUUUUGUCGGUCAUGUACAGAUAUGUGUAAAGGAAAGUUACCUUUGUGCUUACAUUAGAAAACUAUCUGGGAAAUGCAGCUGAUGCAUGAACAUGUCAAAUCAUUUUACCAGGUGUGAACUAACUUAUGAGCUAUUCACAUACAUCUCUGCAUCAUUUGUUUUCCCCUUUUUAUAGACCUGAGUUGUAAUAAUGUAAAUUUGUACAGCUGUAAAUUCAUUAUAAGACGGUGGUCAAUAAUUUGUGCAUUCAAAACCUUGUGCAGUGAAAUCUUUCUUCAGUCGGAUUUUCUUUUAUUUUAUUUGUGUAGCGAAUUUUAAUGAUCGAAAUCUGUAUGUAGAAUUACAGUGCCUUGUAUAUUUUUUACUAUUCACCCAUUUGAACCUUUUCCACAUUUACACAGCAACUCUGUAUUAGAUAAGCCAGGAGUGGCAUGGGUAAGUAAAAAGUCCCUGAGAGGACUGGAGGUAGAAAGUGGAUGCAGAAGAGUGAGUGAAGCGGAAGGAUGUUCAGUAAGGAUGGAUGGAUGGAUGGAUGGAUAACUUUAUAGUCAUUGCAAAGUACAGGUACAUAGCAACGAAAUGCCGUUUAGCAUCUACCAGAAGUGCAAAUAGUAGAAAGAUAAAUGCAGAUAAAUAUGUAAAUAUGUACAUCAAUAAAUAAGGUAUGUCAGUAUGUGCAAGUUGUAUUUAUGUAGUA